CAAUACUAGUACUACCAUUUCAAAUUUUCACCAUACUUCCACACUCCAACCUUCAUUCACAUACAUACAAAGUCAACCAAUUCAACCACAAAACCAGGUGUAUUCUUGAAUUAGCAACAUUCAAAACCUAACUUAACUCAAAUCCCCAAAUCACACUCUCACACUCUGUUCACCAAUCAACCCCAUCUAGCCAUCUACCUUCUCCCUGCAAAAGCUUCCAACUUUCUGAAUCACCGAGCCAUUUCUGCAUCUGGGUCGAGUUCAAAUUUUUCCGGGCAUGUUUCUGUAGAGAGAAAAAGCUAUACAUCGGAAAAUGCCGGUUUCAACUCGGUCUCAGCUCAGAAACCCGCACCAUGGCCUCAAGGAGAAGCUGAAAACGCUCACCCUCUUGUACGAGCAGCAGAAGCAAGCCUCUGCGGCUCUCAAGAACGCGCCUCUGAGGGCUCCCUCAGAGAAGGCUGUGAUGCGGGAGAAUGCGAUGCCGAAUACGACCGUUACGAGAACGUUCGUGCUCCCUCAGCCGCCUUCGGCGGCGGACGACGACGCGAAGGAGAAUCAGAACAGCCUUGUUCUCGGGCCUGAUCGAAUUGUCGGGUUUUCGUGCCCCAGGAAGGUCACGACGACGGCGCCGCAGGUUUCUAUUUCGAGCUCGGCUACUGUUGCUAGGAAACUUUCGAUGGGGAGAGGGAUCGCGGAGGAGGCGGGGAAGAAAGAUGGGAGCAGGAUUAUGGUGUUUGUGAGGGUGAGGCCGAUGAACAAGAAGGAGAAGGAAGCGGGUUCACGGUGCAGUGUGAGAAUUGUGAAUCGCCGUGAUGUUUAUCUCACUGAAUUUGCCAAUGAGAAUGAUUAUCUCAGGCUCAAUAGGAUUCGGGGACGCUGCUUCACCUUUGAUGCUGCAUUUCCAGAUUCUGCAACUCAGCUUGAAGUUUAUUCUACCUCAACCUCGGAACUUUUGGAAGCAGUUCUGCAGGGGAGGAAUGGGUCAGUUUUCUGUUAUGGCGCCACGGGAGCUGGAAAGACCUAUACCAUGCUUGGCACGAUGGAGAAUCCAGGGGUGAUGGUUUUGGCGAUUAAGGAUCUUUUCAGUAAAAUCAGGGAGAGGAGUUUUGAUGGAAGCCAUGUGGUUCAACUGUCCUAUCUCGAGGUUUACAAUGAAACUGUCAGGGAUUUACUUUGCCCUGGAAGGCCUCUGGUUCUUAGAGAAGAUAAACAGGGGAUUGUGGCUGCAGGUCUUACCCAAUAUAGAGCUUAUUCUACAGAUGAAGUGAUGGCAUUGCUUCAACAAGGAAAUCUGAACCGAACCACAGAACCAACUCGUGCAAAUGAAACAUCUUCCCGUUCUCAUGCAAUUUUGCAGGUUGUGGUUGAAUACCGAGUUAGAGAUGCUGCGAUGAACAUUAUUAACCGAGUGGGCAAGCUCUCUCUAAUUGAUCUUGCAGGUUCAGAGAGAGCUCUAGCCACAGAUCAAAGAACACUCAGAUCUCUUGAGGGUGCCAAUAUAAACCGGUCACUUCUCGCACUAAGCAGCUGCAUUAAUGCUCUUGUUGAAGGCAAGAAACACAUACCGUAUCGAAAUUCAAAACUCACCCAGCUUCUCAAGGAUUCACUUGGAGGAACUUGUAAUACGGUCAUGAUUGCAAACAUUAGUCCAAGUAACCUCUCUUUUGGUGAAACUCAAAACACUGUUCAUUGGGCCGAUAGAGCUAAGGAGAUUCGAGCAAAGGUAAGCGAUGCCAAUGAGGAAAUAUUACCGGUGCCUGAGACAGAAACUGAUCAAGCCAAGCUGCUACUUGAGUUGCAAAAGGAGAAUCGUGAAUUGAGAAUGCAGCUAGUGAGGCAACAUCAGAAGCUGAUGACUCUAGAAGCACAGUCCUUAGCUUCACAUUCCUCUCCGACACCGCCUUCAGCCACAUCUCUUUCCACUCCUCCAACUUCUGCCCAGCCAAGUGAGAAACGAAGGACUAGAUCCUCUUUCUUGGCCGGAACUUGCUUCACUCCAGAAAACAAGAAGAAGGGAGCUGAGCUAGCUGUCAGGACACUUGAACGAACUGUGAAAGCACUAGAAGCGGAAAUAGAUAGAAUGAAGAAAGAACAUACCUUGCAGCUAAAGCAAAAAGAUAAUCUCAUUCAACAGCUUUCACAAAAGGGUGGAAAACAAGAAUCAACAACUGGGGGAGUGGGAAAGAGAGCUAGUCUACAGGCAAAAGAGACACCAUUGAAGAGUCCAAUUCACCGCUUUCGAUCUCCGCCAGCCCCAACUGCCAAGAAACGAAGCUUUUGGGACAUAACCACGACAAAUAGCCCCUCAGUUACUACAUUAAAUGGGAGAAAAACUAGAAGUCAUGUCCUUUCUGAACCUACUGCACCUCCUCCAUCCAUGCUUCUUCAGCCGGGUUUUGCUCGUCAAAAAGCCAAUAAUUAAAGGGAUGUACAAAGUAGCUCAGAAUUAUAUAUAGAGAGAUAUAUUGCACCUCCUUUGUGGCCAUCUUUUUUUAUGUCUCUGCUCAAAGGAUGAUAGUUUAGUCAGCUGCAAAUCUGAGUGUCCUUUGCAUGCUUCUUCAUUCGCCCUUGCCUUACCACUUACAUUAUGCCAGAGAGUUGUGUAUAUGCACCAAAAUAUUUAUUGUACAUGUACUAUAUUUAUUCUAACUGAGUUCUAAAAACAGGAUGCCAUGGAUAUGUCUAUGAUGCUCCUGGAAUGAAUUUGUGAUUGAGUUUAUAUUACCAUGUACUUCUGAUUUGGACCUUUUGCUACAAUCUCUAUCAAAAAAAAUAUUGGACAA